UUCCGGAUCUCAGUUUGGGUGUCCUAUACCUGUGUCCUUAAAUGAUGCUGGUGCCGAAGAAGAAGAUGAUGCCUUGUUAAGAGUUUUAUUUUUGGCUUAUCAGACUCUACAUCGGAUAAACGACUUGGGGAGUUUUCAGCCCCGGGCAUAUACAGAUCAAAAGCCGUUUCGCAGGCCGUAGAAAGACACUGAGAUUAAGGGAGAGAGAGGAUAGAGAGAGCUGAAGCUCCUCUCCCAUCAGAUAAUACCGCUGCCCCGGGACCGGGAUGUAGAAGAGAAACCGACUCUCUAAAUCACAGGAUGUGUGAAUAAAUGCCAGCCAUUUAAAGUACGUAAACAGUGGAUAUAUCUGACACAGAAAACCGAUCAGGCUUGUUAAGGAAUCAAAGAGGCGGCAUUCUAGACUCAUCAGUCUCAUCCAUGUGAGGAAAGAAAGGCCUCAUGGGACACUAUGCAGGAGUAAAAUGGUUUUGCACACUCAUGUGUCACCACGAAUUGGAGUUUUCAGCCCUGGACAUAUACGGAUUGGGUGCAAUUGCUAUGGUGGACACGCACUCAGCUGCGGGUGUUCCUUUUUUGCAUAUGGACCUCUGAAAAACAACUCUGCCACGUUAUCAUGUGGAUAUCUAAACUUGCAAGAUUCAUGUGAUUGCGACCUGGGAAACUGUGUUUUUCGGCUCACUUUUCGGCCAGUUUGUUUCUUAUCAAAGUGUGAGCAUAGAUCACCCCAGAAGAGUGGAGAAUGAGCUCUCAUUUAGGGCACAAGAUAUCAAGAGCUCUGUUUUAUAUUUUGUUCUAGUAAUUACGAUCUUUUCUUAGACGGACUGUUCCAGGGGGAAUCCAGACUCCCAUUGAGAUUGUAGAAAGAAAGUCAUAUUUUUUUGUCUUGUAGUUUCUUUUUUUUCCUCAUACUUUGUUUCACUGUAUACCUCCCACCAAAACCUUUUUUUUCUUCCUGUAGUCUGACGUUGUACAUGCACUCAUCUGCUGUGAUGCUUUGUGAGAUAUGACAUUGGUCUCUAAGCGAUACUGUAUGAAUGCCUCAACUCAAAUUGCUGCUUCCUUUGAGCUCUUUUUGGUGUAACAUGGGGCUUACCAGAGAUUUGCACUAAAAGAGCUUUGCUGUCACUUGAUUUUCCUUUUGUUGACCAAAUCUUGUUACAUUCAAGCCAUAUGAACUAAUUUUUGAUGAAACUAGAGCUAUUUUUGUAUUACAGUAGUAAGUCGUAGUAUCACAAAUUAUGCGUAUAUGAAUUUAGUCUAUUUUUUAUGUAUCAGCACAGACAUAUUCAAAAAAGCAUCUGCACUAUUUUACAUUAACGUUUGAUUUAGGAAAGAAAUGCACCUUGAUUUGUGAGAACAUAAUUCUGUUUCAGUUUCACUAAAGUUAUUGUUAUGGCCAUGGCUACACACCAUCCUCACUCAGGUGGGAGACAAGCUUCCUUCUCUCUCUGACGGCUUCCCCUGUUCCCCAGUUUUUUUACUUCUCCAAAUGCCUGUGGGUCUCAGUGUGGGCGGGGCUCUUGGAGACCCCUCCCCAUCCCGCCCAUUCCGCCCCAGUCGCUAUGUGCCUGUGUCCGCAGCAACCGCCUUCCUCGUGGGGGCCACAACGCUGUUUCUCUGUUUCACGUGUCCGUGGCUGUCAGAGCGGUUCUCCUCCUCCAUUCCGCUCUAUAAUGUUGUGGUCUUCCUCUUCACACUGGCCAAUUUCUGUAUGGCCACAUUCAUGGACCCCGGCAUCUUUCCUAGAGCUGAGGAAGAUGAGGAUAAAGAGGAUGAUUUCCGUGCUCCACUUUAUAAGACGGUGGAGGUGAGGGGCAUUCAGGUGCGGAUGAAGUGGUGCUCCACGUGUCGCUUUUACAGACCACCGCGCUGUUCACACUGCUCCGUGUGUGACAACUGUGUUGAGGAGUUUGACCAUCACUGCCCAUGGGUGAACAACUGCAUUGGGAGGCGGAACUAUCGUUAUUUCUUUCUGUUCCUGCUCUCGCUCACUAUUCACAUUAUGGAUGUGUUUGGCUUCAGUCUGCUAUACAUCCUCCAUCACACAAAACAACUGGACCAGAUCCACUCUGGAGUCACUAUGGCAGUGAUGUGUGUAGCUGGUUUGUUUUUUGUCCCGGUUGCGGGACUCACUGGAUUCCAUGUUGUGCUUGUAGCCAGAGGGAGAACGACCAAUGAACAGGUGACCGGGAAGUUCAGAGGUGGCGUUAACCCCUUCACACAUGGCUGUUUGAAAAACAUUGCACACGUGCUGUGUAGUUCACAGGCUCCCAGGUAUCUUGGUCGCUUACGAAAGCCUCAUUCUGUUCAGGUCCAGCCACCAUUUUUGCGGCCACCUCUAUCUGAAGCCCAACUAGCAGCUAAAGUCCUGGAUAAUGGCAUCCAGCAGUCUAAAAGUAGUCUGGAGAUAAUGGAGAGUCAGUCCAGUGAUGCUGAUCCCCCUCCACCACCCAAACCAGAGCACAGAUACCCUGGGUUGCCUCACACACAAAAUGAAGAGUGCAGCUUGCUGACUGAGGCUCCACCCACACCUUCAUUGUAUAAAUAUAGGCCGGCCUACAGCAGCCCAGGAAAAAACCACACGGCCUCAACACAUUCCAGCAAGAUGAGUCGAGGGAACAGUAUGACCGAAUCUCCCUCUGUCCCCGUCACCACUGGGCAGCCCAGCUACCGCUCAGACCCCAGUUUGUCAAGCCGAGGGGGUGCAGGGUGCCGUGGGGGAGGGGAGGGGGGUAGAGCAGGCUCGGUGGGGCUGGGUGGGGCCUCUGCGUUUGGCGGGCGAUCUUACCCUUCUUUUACCGACACCCUCCUCCAAUCAGCAGCAGCCUCUUGCUCCUCAAGCCUUCGCUCUGCCCAAACGGCCCACAAUGCCCUUGGGCCACUCAUCUCUGAGGGUACGACCUCCACUAGCUACAAGAGUUUAGCCAAUCAGACGCGCAACGGCAGCUUGUCAUACGAAAGCCUGCUGACGCCGUCCGAAAGUCCAGAGUUUGAGUCUGCUGCUCAUGAGCUGUCCCCGCCCAGACCGCAACCUCCGCACUCUCUUAGCACAGCACCGGGGCCCCCGCCUAUUUUGGGGUACACGUCCCCUUUCCUGUCUGCUCAGCAGAGGGAGGGCUCUCUCCAGGCCUGCCCUGCCCCCCUAAGACCCUCCCCCAACAGAGCUUUCCUGCGCCCAACAAGCUCACCCCCUUCUCGAGCUCCACCCCUUUCUCCUCGCGCUCGCUCGUUGGGCUCCCCUCCUCCUGGCCCCGCCCCAGGCCAUACACCUCUGGGCAAAUCACUGUCCUACGGAGGUGGCGCCGAAUUACAGCACCGCCCCUCUACCUCAGGGGGCGGGACUCCAAUGCAGAAGAUGACACUGUCUCUGUGCUAAGCUCGACUUUUAAACAAAACGUGGCCAAUCAUAACACCCACUCACACAAACCUGCAGGAGGGGUGAAGAAAGUGACUGGUGUUGGAGGAACAACCUAUGAGAUUUCAGUAUGAACGACUGACAAGAAAGAAUCAGGAUUCACUCGGCAGUUUUUGCCCUCUGAGCGUAGAACGGAAGGAUGUAAAGCUGCUCAACCACACAUGCAAAAAAGCAUACAAAAGACUACAAACACAAAAUGUAAGUGUUUCCCAGUCAAACUUCAACAGUCACUGUGGAGGACGUACACUGAGAACAUGGACCAGUGAAGACGAGUCUUACAGCGUUUUGUUUUUUGAAUAUCAAUAUGGUACACAAAUAACACAGACUUUCAUAGUUAUUUAAAGAAUCAUUUGGUACUUCAGUGUAUUACCUACCGAUUUUUACGCAAGACUGUCCAAUGAUCAAUGGACAUUCAGCCUUAGUAGGCGGGACCAUGUGAGACACACUGCUGUCUUAUCCAGAAUGACGUCAACAGAAACCACAAACCUCUCAGCAGUCAGCCAAUAAGCAUUUAAAACAUUUACAACAUGAAUCACUGUUUAGUCUUGCAGAUUCCAGUGUGUUUCAGACCCUUAAAGGGACAGUUCACCUAAAAAUGAAAAUUCUGUCAUCAUUUAACAACCUCGUGUUGUUUCAAACCAGUUUGAAACCGCUUUUUCUCAGCUCGGCAUGGCUUGCUUUACUUUCGGUUUGCUUUUCCACUGCAGUUUAGUUACCGCUUCAAAGUGGGUGGGAUUAUAGACUGAUCAUUAUAGCCGUGAAUCCGCACCUCGUCUAUCGACCUAGUGUUGUCAAAAUUACCAAAAUUGUCAAAAUUACAUUACCGCGAUACCAAGUUGGUACUUAAAUUUUUAAGAAUGUGACGCUUUGAACACUGUUGGGCGGAUUCGUAAACACCUCUGAUUAGCAAUUGUGUUCAUGCGCUCAUCAGAUAUGUCUGUGAUUGGCUACAUUGAUCAACGCUUCAAAAACACGUUGUAAAUAGUCAUCAAUGAGGCUCUUCUCAGAACGCUUACACAGAUACCAAGGUAUCUGCGGGGCAUUAAAAAGCAUUAAAAGUCAUUAAAUGGAUUUUGUGAAAAUUAAGGCCUAAAAUGGUAUUAAAAAGCAUUACAUUUUAUUCCUACAGCCAUUAUAUUUUUUAGAUAGUUUUGAAGAAAAAUAGUACUACCAGUUUAUUUUGAAUAUAGCCUUCAUAAUUAAUAACUGAUUUGCUGUCGCAAAAUAUGUACAUUGGUGUGAUACACACGCGGAACCAGUUUGGUAAUUGCCUCCGGCCGGUGCAAAUUUUCCAUAACACCGUUUUUGAUAGCGGUUUACCGGCUGGGCCUGGAGAUGGAAGGCUGCAUCAGUGUUGCCAACUUAACGACUUUUUUCCAAGAAAGCGCAUUGUGACAAAUAUAGCGACUUGUUGAAACCUUAUCUAGCUUCCGAGACCCCCGGUACUGCCGCACGAGCGCGAGAUCUUGCUUUCCUGCCGCAGGCGCACCUCUCUCUGCGUCUGUUCUGUUCAGUGAGUGAGAGAGGAGCAGCGCUUUCAGUUGAGGAUGUGUGCUCUGUCAGAGAACAAAUAAAAUAGAUACUAUUGCUUCUAACCUGAGUGAUCAUUUUACAUUUUACAGCCAAAAUCACAGUAAAUGGCUUUAUCUUAUGCGUAUGGUGAUUUUGUCAGACAACGUCUCGAUUACAAAUCAGGAUUAUAACAUGUCAGAGCUCGACACAGUUAGUCCGGGUUAAGUGGAUUUUUUUGAAGGGGCAACUGAAAGAGAAUUUUACUUAACCGGGCGGACAAGGAGCCUGAUUAAAUCGUCAAUUUAAAAAAAAAACAAAAAACUUCGGAAUCACCAAAACGCAAGAAUGUCAGAUUUGAUUACAUUUAGUGUAAGUGGCGAUCGAUAGUGGAUAAUAAUAGGCUGUAUAAUGGACUGAUGGUUACAAGGUUGCUCGCGCAGCCUUGUUUUCAUUAGCCUACUGAAUGAUUCAGCGUUUUGAACGAAUCGGUUGAGUCAAGCAUCCCAAUGUGCAUACUAUCCGCCCUAAAUAGUACUGAAUAUUACUAAUGUCACAUACUAUUUAGGAUGGAAAGAAUGCACAUUGAGACGCAGGCAAUGACUCAUUCAUAAACAACUGCCUCAUUCUUGAAUGAAUCAGCCAUUGGAAUGAAUCGUUUGAAUGAAUGACUCAAUGAUUCACUUAUUAAGACGGUUACUUGCCGCCACCUACUGGUGGUUUAGUUUCAUUUUUAAAAGUAUCACUUUCCCCCAACAUCUCUUAUUUGAAUUUUAAAAAAAUAUUUAAUACAAUCCCAUAACAUUAUUUAAUGCAGUUGUAAUUUUUUUUUUAUUGUAAAUGAUUUAAUUUGAUUGGUAACAGCCCUUAGUGUCUUAUUCUAAUUGAAUUUAUUGAACAAAUGUAAGAAUUUAAAAAUAAAAGAUGAAUCAUACAUUUUACAUGAAUCAUACAGGAUUGGGUGGGGGGAAAUUGCCCCUUGUAAAAGUAAAAAAAAAAAAAAAAAGCCCGCAGUGUAAAUAUCACAAAUAUGCAGAUUUAUAUAUGUCAAAGCUGGAAUAUGAAAGGAUAUUGCUUCAGAAUAAAUUUAUAUUUACACCAAAAAAUAAAAAAGAAAUCCUAUUUUUUCCAGACAAGCAACUGUUUUACUCAGACAAGUGAAUGACCGAUUUACCUUAAUGUCGAGCCUUGCAUGUAGUCUUAAUGGGCCGCAUUUCAGUCACCAUUUCAUAUUGUAUUACAACAAAACAGAAAAAUAUAUAGAUGAAACAAUUUUAUUGGGAAUUUGGCUGUAUUAAAAUACAUUAUGUGAGCACAAAGAGGUAGCAGCAGAGAAGCAAACAAAUGUAAAGGGCUGACACUUGGCAGAAUGCGAAUGCAACUUAAUGACAUAAUGAAUAUUCUAAUUGCCGUAUGACGUCAUCUAUUGACAUUUAGCGACAUAUAUAUAUUUAUAUAUGGCAAUAAAAUUGUUAAAAAUUAGCAUUAAAAAGCAUAAAAUUAGAUUUGAUAAAACCUGUAGAAACCCUGGACACACAUGGGAACGUUUAAAAGCAGGCGUCUAUCAGUGGAUAGACCCCUGCUUUCAAACGCACCCACUUUCAAAACGCUUUCAAAUUCAAACACUUCAGUGUGCUUUCAAAUGCUCCCGUGCGUUGAUCAUUGUAGCCAAUCACAGACAUAUCUGAUGAGCACGUGAACACAAAGGCCAACAGCGCUCAAAGCGUCACAUUUUUAAAAUUUCAGUACCGACUUGGUAUCAAAGUCAGUACUUUUGACAACACUACACUGACCACCAUACAGCCAUUUCUUUUUUCAAGUUGCGUGCGACGGUCGUUUAAAAAAAGUUGUGCGAACAAAUAUUACUGCGGUGGCUUUUACUAUUUAAAUCUAGCGGGUUUGGUGUCUCGUGUUUCAAAUCCAAUGACACUAGUAGUGACGAUUCUCUCUGACCAAUCAGUGAUCUGCAUGUCACAUUGUAGUAUCGGUACGUCUCGCUUAGAACCUCAACUGAGGUUGUACUAUUUAAGCGAGCCGUACCGUGCCAUACCAAGCAGUGGAAAAGAGCCGUAUUUUCUCUAAAAAUCAAAAUAAGAUAUUUUAACAAAUGUUCACGCUGCUCUUUUCCAGACAGUAGUGUCCAUGGACUGCCCAGCUUCAACAAAGACAAAAAAAGCUCCAUAAAUGGGGUCCAUAUGACUUAUAAAGCAAUAAGAUAGCUUUUGUGAGGAACAGAUUGAAAUUUAAGUCAUUAUUAACUGCAAAUUACGCCAUCAGUCACAACUGUCAAAUCGCGUAUGCAUAGUCAGACUUCAGGCACAAAAUGCAAGAAUUGCAUUUGGUGCUGUUGACAUAUUUAAAACCGUGCAUGUGUGCUUAUCACAGAAUUUUAAUUUUUGGGUGAACUAUUCCUUUAACUUUUUUUUUUGUUAUUUUAUACAGGUACAGAUGUAUAUUAUAAGUAUUAAAUUUGAUAAAGAAGAUAAUAUUAAAAUGCAGGCAUAUAUGAUGUAUGAUUGUUUGUUUUAGGUGGGAAGGUGUUUGUCAGAUUUAUAUGGCUGCAUCAGCCAGAUGAAAUUCUCAGCCAAAGAAGACUCGUGACAGAUAGCACACUCGGCAAGUAGGAGCGAAUGUAUCUGUAAAGACACAAGUUACUAGAGCACAAAAUGUUAAGCGAAAGGUCAUUUACAUUAAGUACUGAAGAUAUUGUAUGCAAAUUGUAACUUUGUGUCAGCGUGUCCACCAAUCGAGAGCCAUACUCUCUUGACACAUGGUCAGCCAAUCACAAGAGAGUUUGUUUAUUUAUUCAUCCAGAGGAGGCCAGUGCAAGUACAUGCUGGAUGCACCAUCGUAUAGAUGGGGACAUUGAUUCUGAAAUUUCUUUCUUUUAUGUUAUUUAAAAAAAAAAAAAAAAAAAAAUUCUUAAAAACUGGACAUUGGUUAAAAUAAACAACCAGAGUGCAGUCAUUAUCUCCUCAUAGAUAUAUAAGUUUGAUUGUAUUUGUCUAUGUGAGAGAAUGAGUGUGAAAUUUUAGUUUAACUUACCUGACUGUUGUACAAGAGCACAUUCCAACUAUCCUUUUGGUUCAGAUCAGAGGUCGUUCACGUCUUUUAUCUGGCUUUUGAGGUCUGAGGACCAGCGGCUGGUCAGUGUAAGAUAUUAAAGCCGCUUAUGCAGAGACACAUUCAAAGUUUUUUUUAAUCAUUUGUCAUUUCCACCAUGGCCUUAUGAUGCCUUUUUAACUGUUAUCAAGGGUAUUUCAGUCUGCAUAUUGGAUCUGAGAGAUGGCAGUUAGAUUGUUGUGUUGAGUUUUGGGGAAGAAUGCAGACUUUUUUUAUCCCUUCUGUAUUCCUUUAAUGACUCUGAGUCACAUGAGCAACACAUUUUCAACAGAACAAUAAAUAAUUCAAGAGUGAACACAAA